CAGCUGUGCCUCGUUCCCAAAAGUCAAUCAGCUCAGACACAUGGGUUUUCAGUUAGCAAGCUCACAGAAGGAAGUUGAGGAGCUGAGUGAAGAUUGUUCCCCUCAAAGGACAACUGGUGAAGGGAAAUGCUGUGACUGUAAGCUGAGAUUUCCCAGCUUGGCUUCCCCAACCCUGACUCAGUUCCUGAUCCUGCCCUGAGCAAGCCCCCUCUUUUCGUCUCCACACCCUCUCGUCUAGCCCUCCGCCCGGCCUAGACGGCUCCGUCUCUGCCUCCCGGCUUCGUCCUCCAUCCCUCCGUCUCGCUCUCUCUCCGUCCGCCCAUCCGUCUAGCCCCUCCGCCCGGGUCUUCACCUCUCUUCCUCCGGGCCGCGUACUCGCCGAGCCGAGCCGCCAUGACGGCAGAAGGGGACGCCACGUCGGUGGAGUCGAUGCGUCUGAAGCAGGAGAUCUCCCUGCUGCACGGCGUCUGCCUCAUCGUGGGCAACAUGAUCGGCUCGGGCAUCUUCGUCUCGCCAAAAGGUGUGUUGUUGUACACUGGGUCGUUUGGGCUGUCCCUUGUGAUCUGGGCCAUUGGAGGCGUCUUUUCUGUGUUCGGCGCCCUGUGCUACGCAGAGCUGGGAACCACCAUCCGCAAGUCCGGAGCCAGCUACGCCUACAUUUUAGAGUCCUUUGGUGGCUUCCUGGCCUUCAUCAGGUUGUGGACGUCGCUGAUGAUCGUGGAGCCGGCGUGCCAGGCGGUCAUAGCCCUGACCUUCUCCACCUACCUGGUCCAGCCCUUCUAUCCCACCUGCUCCGCCCCCUACGAUGCCGUCCGGCUCAUAGCCGCAGCCAUCAUUGGUCUUCUGACGUGCAUCAACUGUAUGAAGGUGAAGUGGGGAGCCAUCCUCCAGGUGAUCUCCACCGUUGCCAAGGUGCUGGCCCUCAUAGUCAUCAUCAUCGCCGGGAUGGUGAAACUAGGACAAGGCAAGACAGAGAACUUUGAGGACUCGUUCAAGGGCUCCAAGCGGGACCCCGGGGACAUCGCCCUGGCCCUGUACGCAGCGCUCUACUCCUACUCUGGCUGGGACACGCUCAACUUCAUCACAGAGGAGAUCAAGAACCCAGAGAGGAACCUCCCGUUAUCCAUAGCCAUCUCCAUGCCCAUCGUCACGGUGAUCUACAUCCUGACUAACAUCGCUUAUUACGUUGUCAUGGACGCGGAAACUGUGUUGGCCAGCGAGGCUGUAGCCGUGACGUUUGCGGACGAAGUCCUGGGCUGGGCCCGCUGGCUGAUCCCACUGUCGGUGGCCAUAUCCUGCUACGGCGGCCUCAACUCCUCCAUCAUCGCCGCCUCCAGACUCUUCUUCGUGGGUUCCAGAGAGGGACACCUGCCUAAUGUCCUCUGCAUGAUCCAUGUCAAACGUUACACCCCAAUCCCGGCCCUGCUCUUUAACGGCGGCAUGUCUCUCAUCUACCUGUGCGUGAGGGACGUCUUCCAGCUCAUUAACUACUUCAGCUUCAAUUACUGGCUGUUCAUUGGCCUGUCCAUUGCCAGCCAGAUCUACCUGAGGGUCAAGUUCCCCGACAUGCACCGGCCCGUCAAGCUGAGCCUGUUCUUCCCAGUGGUGUACUGCAUCUGCAGCCUGUUCCUGGUGAUAGUGCCCCUGUACAGCGACACCAUCAACUCCCUGGUGGGCAUCGGCGUGGCGCUGUCGGGCGCCCCCGUCUACUAUAUCUGCAUCCACCUGCCGCCGCGCUCCAGACCCGCCUUCCUGAGCAGGAUGCUGGAUGUGAUCUCCCUCAACACGCAGAAGGUGUGCCUGUGUUGCGUGGCGUCGCCCGACAUCGACCUGGACAACAUAGACCCAGACAAGAUGGAGUGACGGACUGAGGGAGGGGACAGACAGACGGACGGAUGAGGAGAGGUAUGGAAUGAAUGAAUGAACCCAACGCUUUAUGGGUACCGCGGGCAAUGGAGCGGAAGGAGAGGAAGAAACAGACGACGGUGGACAACCAGGAAAUGGACAGGGAGGAGAGGGGGAUGAAAAGAGGAGGAGGAGGAGGAGAGACUGAGCGGAAGGUGGACCUCGCACUCAAACACCCCUCCUCCCAAUAAUUGAGCCUUGCCGAGCCGGGAUUUGAACAGAACUAUAUUUAUGCGGAAAGCUAUUUUGUGUGCAGUACCGUGCGGUUCCUGUGUGUGUUAAGCACAGAGGCUACUUGUGGGUGGAAUUCACCAGCGCACGCGCAAACACGAGCGCAGCUCACCGGUGGUUAAAACCU